UUUAUUUUUGGGAUAAAUGACAGCGAAAUGACGGCGAAAGCCGCGCGUAGUCGGACCCGCUUGGCCUUUGAUUUAUCACCUUACAAAGGAUUAAGCCUCACAGCGAGCAGCGGGAAGCGGUUACGUCACAAUUUCCGAUUCCGUCCAUUGGACAGAUUGAGGAUUACGUCACAGUCGUCUCGUUCCCUUAUCUGUGAACUGUGUGGAUGGUGAACGUGUGUUUAUGUCAUCGCUUAGAGAAAUAGCCAUUAGCUUCUCUGCUUGUUCGUCUGCUGUAUGUUGUAAUUUCUCCGGACGUCGCGCACAUGUUUUUUUUUUUUUUUAUUAAAAAAAAACUUGGACUUUUAUUUUUCUGUUUUCAUCGCGAGACACUCCAAGUACGUCACACUUUCCGGGAGAUAAGUAGCCGAGCGGAAAAUGCCACCAGGCUUCUCGACUCAUCUCGGGGAAGCUGCUAUCGACUCGUGCUCGCCGAUCUCCCCGCUUCAUCCACCGCCCGUUUGCCGGUCUUGCCGUUGGGGUCUCAUUUGAGCAUGUGCGCUUUUCCUGUAGCUCGCUAGCUAACCCAGGCAUGCGGCACGGAAACGCCGCGCGCAACACCAGCAACAGCGCUAAAGGCUAAAAAAGGCGCGGACAACCGCGCGCGACGCAUCUCCAACGUUCCGCUUGCGUGACAGCAGCGCGGGCGGCGCCGUCGCUGGGAUGAUGGAGGUGGAAGAAGGCGGUGACCGGUCGAGCGCGGCGGAGCCCCGCGACGAGUGGCAUCUGCUCACGUGGACCUUCCUGGCAGUGCUGGUACCGGUGCUGCUCACGCUCUGGUGCAGCGUGCAGCGCUCCAAGCGCGCGGUGCUCAUGAAGGAGGUGUUCCGCAAGAGCAAGCACGACUGGCGCUACACGGACCUCUUCAGCAAGCCCACCUACUGCUGCGUGUGCUGCCAGCACGUGCUGCGCGGCGCUUUCUGCGACUGCUGCGGCGUGUGCGCGGACGAGCGGUGCCUGAGGCGCGCGGACCGCGCGCUGCCUUGCAAGGAGGUCGUGGCCCCGGCGCGCGACGACGGCUCGCUCGCGCACCACUGGGUGCGGGGCAACGUGCCGCUCUGCAGCUACUGCGCCGUGUGCAAGCAGCAGUGCGGAACGCAGCCCAAGCUGUGCGACUUAAGGUGUAUCUGGUGUCAGACAGUGGUGCACGAUGACUGCAAGCCCAAUCUGGAAGAUGAGGGCCGGUGUGAUCUGGGUGAAUUCCGUACCCUCAUCAUCCCGCCGCAUUACCUUCACCACAUCAACAAGCUGCGCCGGCGACACCCAGACGAGUACUGCAAGCUGGCAGCUCUCUGUGGCAGUGGAUGGACUCCAGUGCUGGUCCUGGCCAACACACGCAGUGGGAACAACAUGGCAGAGGCUUUGCUGGGGGAGUUCCGCAUGCUCCUGAACCCGGUCCAGGUGUUUGACCUGACCAAGAUGCCUCCAGGCAGGGCCCUACAGCUCUGCACCUUGCUUCCACCGGGAAGCGUGCGUGUGCUCGUGUGUGGUGGCGACGGUACGGUCGGCUGGGUGCUCGACGCCAUCGACACUAUGAAGCUCAAGGGUCAGGAGGUGUUCAUUCCACGGGUGACCAUCCUGCCUCUGGGCACGGGGAACGAUUUGUCCAACUCGCUGGGCUGGGGGGCAGGCUAUGCUGGAGAGAUUCCUGUGGAGCAGGUGUUGAGGAACAUUCUAGAUGCUGAGGUCGUCAGUAUGGACAGGUGGAAAGUUCAAGUUGCUUCGAAAGGCUACUAUUUUCGGAAACCAAAAGUUCUCUCAAUGAAUAACUAUUUUUCUGUGGGACCUGAUGCUCUGAUGGCACUGAAUUUUCACGCCCAUCGUGAAAAAACGCCCUCGUUCUUCUCCAGCCGUAUUAUCAACAAGGCUGUGUAUUUCCUGUAUGGUACCAAAGAUUGCUUAGUGCAAGAAUGCAAAGACCUGGAUAAGAGGAUUGAGCUUGAGCUGGAUGGUGAGCGGGUGAACCUGCCCAGCCUGGAGGGGAUUAUCGUAUGUAACAUUGGCUACUGGGGAGGGGGCUGUCGACUCUGGGAGGGCAUGGGCGAUGAACCGUGUCCGCCAACUCGACUGGAUGAUGGGCUCCUGGAGGUGGUAGGGGUCUAUGGGUCCUUCCACUGUGCCCAGAUCCAGGUGAAACUGGCCAACCCGGUGCGACUGGGCCAAGCCCACACUGUGCGGCUGGUGCUGAAGAGCUCCCGGAUGCCCAUGCAGGUGGAUGGGGAGCCCUGGGCUCAAGGUCCUUGCACCAUUACCAUCACGCACAAGACCCAGGCACUCAUGCUAUACCACAGCGCGGAGCAGACUGAUGAUGAGGAGGACGACUCCAGUGGCUCUGAGGCUGAUACACCAGACACCCCCAAAACUGUUCCCAAAUUGCCAGGGCUAGCCAACUCUCUCUAGCCACCCUUGAGUGCCGCCUUCCCCAGCCAGCCUACCCUACGUCUGCCACUCCGGUCUUAUGCCGUGUAAGUUAAAACUGCCCUUCUGUAUCUUCUCACGCCACGCUCCCAGGAUGUUCGGUCAUAGGAGUCGAGGAGUCCUCUCAAGUCACCAACGGAAAAGUCUUCUCAACUGAGGCUGGUGCUGCGCAGAUGUAAGAGUUUGAUUUGCACUGAUGAUUGCCGUUGUUGCCAUGAGGUCGUUGUGUCCUGAUCAGGAAUGUGAAUCUGGCCACUUAGCUGCUAUUGACUGCAGAGGGAAUGGUGACCUUUGAACUUAUGUUAUCGAAAGCUGCCAUUAUCUGGCAAGUUAUGAAAAUGACUUCUAGAUCACAGGAACUUCCUCUUGUUAGGACUUAUAGGAUGGUUAUGUGUUGAUACUUGCUAGGCAGAAAUGUAACACUGGAGAUUUUUGAGUCUUACAUUCAUCAUGUUGAAACCCGAGUCUUAUGCUUGGAACACAUUAACCAAACUUUCAACUCCUCCUUUCUGUCCACCUCGUGAUGAUGUGAUCUCACAUGUAUAAGCAGUUUGAGAGUGAGGUGGAUUGUUACUCCAAAUCAGCUGCAAAGCGCUUUAGUUGGAUCACUUGGUAGACAAAAGUGUGGUCAGAACUGCUGCCCGCUGUCAUUUUUGCUGAUUUCAAAGCACUGACACAGGAAAGAAGUGGCCUCUUGUUUACAGGUAAAAUUAGUUUCUCCCCUCAAUUUGAAAAUGCAGAGUUUACACAAUGUAUAAACUUAAUGAUUAUCAAAAGUAUUAUGGAUUAUAUAUUUAUAUGGCUUUUAAUUAGUAAAUUAUGUCCUAGUUUUUAGGAUAUAUUUCCCAGGAUUAAAAAAAAAAAAAAAUCAAGCAGCAAUGUAAGCAUACGGUAAGAUUUAGUGAGAGAAAUACCAACAGCAGUUUGAAAAAGGUUUGUCAAGUUCAUUGUUAUGUGUAUUUAUUACAGGUGUACAUUGCACAAUGAAAUUCUUCCUUGUGUGUCUGUUCGAGACUGCAAAAGCUGUAACUACACACCAGGCAAUAAAUUCAAGGACAUUAAAUAAAGCGCCAAUAAACAGACAAUGAAUAUGAUGCAGUUUGACAGUGUUAAGUGCGAUUGCGUAACUGAAAAAUAAAUGGGGAAUAAGAAGGUUUAUAAGAUGCGGUGCCAUUUAUUACAGGUAGUCCUUGACUUACAACAGAGUGCUGUUCCAAUGACUCAGUUGUAAGGGAACUUCAUUAGUUGAAGUUCCUUGAUACUGUACCAUAUGAACUCUAAGGAUGUAUAAGCAAUUAGCAUGCACAAAAUAUUACGUUGUGUAAUGGAUAAAUGAAUGGACAGAUUUUCGCUUUUAUUUUGAAGUUUUCUUUUUACUUUCACUUUCGCUUUUUUGCCAUUGUCAGAACACUUGCUUUUUUUGUUUGCAAGCAGUUUUAAAUAAAAGUAACUAAGAGAAUCAUACCUAAAUACUUGCAAACAAACGGCACCUAAACGGUAAGAAAUACUUGUCUUGUGGCAGCGUAACCGGUUAACGUUACCGUACGGCAGAUGCAGCAGUCCCCGUUAAUAAAACCAAUGGGACGGUUGUAAGUCGUGAAUAUCGUAAGUUGAGGACUACCUGUAGGGGUGCGGUGUGUUUACAGUAUCUGUGCAGUCUUAGUCUUGAAUGACCUAUAAGGGUGCCGGUGCCGGCGUUGGCGUUUUUCUUUUUCUGUCACUUUGCAGAGUCCCUGUAAAAGUAUUUAAAUUCAUCUCAAUGUUGUAUUUUGUGAUUGUUUUUCUGUUUCUUACUAUAUCAUCACUGUAAUGCCCUUUGCUGCAGUCUGCAAAUUUACAUUUAGACAUUCACACUCCUGUUUGUCGUGAGCUGUCAAAGUCGAUUUAAUAAGCCUCUCGUUUAGUCUCAUUGCGCAGAAACGGCAGCAGAUGUGCCCAUAUAAAUGUACCCUACGAAUAAAUAAAUAGCUGAUUCCUCAGUUGUAUGCAGAGGUUCUUUCAAAAUUUGUUUAAAUGCUAUGUAUGCAGAUUUCCCCCCCCCCCCCAUAAAUUUAUUUUGGUUUCUUUUCGUUGUGCUGUUCCUAGGCAUUGUCGGCUUCUAUAUCAGUCAUACUUGAUGGAUGAUUUGACAGUCGCUCUUUGGAAUAACACCUAAAGUUGCCAAUUCCAACCUGCUGAUUUGAAAAUGUGAAUUUCAGUUUAUUUUUUUGCUUUCAUGUAGCAGUUUCUCCAGAAAUAACUUUCAGAACAAGGUGGAAGAUGUAGAAACAGUAUUUUCUGAUCUGCAUUAUAUAAAUUAGUACUGGAUGCUGCAUAUGGAAGUAGAUGCCGUGUAAAAUGUGUCCGUAGGGGGCACGUGAAUGAUGUUUGGAAGUAGGGAAGCUGUUUCCAUACCCCUGCCUCCCUCGUACUGUGCACUGUAACCAUAGUUUACUGUAAUAUGCCUCUUUAUUCAUUAAAUGUUCCUCAGUUAAAAGCUGACAAAACCAUUUAGCCAGGAACAAAAUUCAAGCACAAAGUAUAGAUUUCUCCCACUAAAUUUGUUUGCUUUUUUUAUGUCAGCCAGAAAUUGAAUUGUUAAGCUUUGCCUAUUAUGAUGAUGACUAUAACAAGAGUAAAUGAAACUGCCAAAGAGUUUUUGGUCAAACAGGGUGACGUUCAUCAAAUAUAAGGAAAUGUAAACAAAUUAAUUUCAAAAAUAAUUUUGUCACCAGAUAAACUACAUUAACUCAGGUGUUUCAGAUGAAGAAACAUUAAUUUUUGCAUUGCAUUCGACUUUAAAGACUUCUGAACGCACAUAACUGUUAGCCAUGACAUGUUGAUUGUUGGAGUGAUUAAAUAUUAACAGAUUUUUGGGAACAACCCAUAAUGUAUAUUUUUAAAUGUAACAUGCUGUGUGUUACCUACCUUUAUAUGUUUAAAUUAUGAUGGAUAUCGCGUACAUUAUUUUGU